AUGCACGGUCCUGAUAUUAGCGAUUUAGAUUUACCAGAUCUUACAUUAUACCCUUCAACUACUGGAUAUUCUGAAUAAAAGCGUUGUUUCAAAUAAUGUGUAAAGGAUAUGUCAAUCUCUUAUUUAAACAUUGAAGAAGAAUCCUGUUCAAAAAAUUGCUUAUCUAAAUAUAUACAAGCCCAAAUAUUCUUAUCGUAAAAGAUGACUAACACUUUGACUUAACUUGUGACUCAGGAUCCAUCCAUUAAAAUUGCAUUCAAAAAACCAUAUAAAUUGCCAGAAUAAUGA